AUGAAUCCAAGAAAUGCCAAUAAACUUGCGUCUCCUCUGAGUUCAAAAUUCAAAAAAUCUUCUCCAGUGAAAAAAAUCCAAAAAUUGCAGAAGCAAAUUGAGAUAGCAACCACAUCAGCGCUUAAAUCAGUUCAGCUCUAUGAAGAAAGAAAAGAGUUUAUGGAUGUUGACGAAGGAGAGCUAUGUGUAAAUCCGCACCCAAACUUCGAGUUCAACGGGAUAAGCCCUAUUAGAUCAGAAGAAUGCUCCCCUGAAAUCAGCUUUGAUUCCGAUCUGAAUGAUCUACAAGUACAAGUCAAACCUGGGUCUGCAUGUCCCAGGAAAAGAGACAUGGACUCCUUUUUGAAAUCGUCAAUGAAAUACGGCACAAAGGUCUCUCAGAUUUUAUCUGAGUCCGGGGUUGCUUCUCCACGAAAAUUCAAACAAACAUCACAGCCUACACAAAUCAGCAGUUCGAAGCAGCAGUCAAAAAGUCAAAAAUCGCUGAAAGAAAGCCCAAAAAAUUUGAAAAUUGAAAAAGAAGUUCAAAAGAAAAUUUUGCCACUUGAAAGUCUGUUUAGUAAGACAGAGAACAGACAUAGCAUAGGGUAUUUAACUUCAAGAGAAAUUAUGAUGAGCUCGCUAACUAAGUUUGGUAUGCUUUAUUAUAGAUGGACUGAAUAGUUUGUUUUCGUAUGGAUCAAGUGGCCCUGAGCAUAGAAAUUUGAUAAUUGAAGGAGAGAUGGCUCCAAAAGCAAGAAUUAUAUCAGGCCCAAGCUCUAGAGUAAAAGCAAAUGCGUUAUCCAUAAAACGCCAAGCUUAA